AUGGAUCAGCUGAUAGCUAUAUAUUAUUUCAGAUCACCAAAUAAUAAUAACAAGAUGUCAACAGUUAGAGGAAAAUUAUAUUGUACUGCUUUAUGGGCAAACUCAGUUUCUGUCAAAAAACAGAAAGACAAUAUUAUAUUCCACUUUUUCCAAGGAAAAGAGGAGAAGAAGAAUAAUUUUGAGCUGAUUCCAUCUUCAUUAAAGUUAUGUGAUGAUGAUUGUAUUGAGUCAGAUGUGAGUUUGAAAUCUCGAUUCUUAAAUAACUCAAAAAUCUUAAAACGUUGUUCAUACAAUAAACGAAUUCAAACAAUCGAAGACAUAAUUCGUGAAGAACCUUUGCCAACCUUUUUUAAUGCAUUUGGAACAUUCUUGUUUCGACAAAAUAAAACGUCCAGAAAAUUAAAACCAGUUAAGCCUAAUGUGGAGUACCACAUCAUGGUGAAUAUUCAAUCAGCUAUAAAUCUUGCUGAACGAAUUGAAGGAGGUUUAAAACCUUUCGUGAUCGCCCGCUUUCAGUUCGUAAAGUUAAAAGAUAAGAUUUGUUGUUUUAAGGUAGUUUCAAAACUGGACAGCGAUAAUCGUGAGCCAAAUUCAAUCCACGAACAAGUAGAAUAUUGUUGGAUGGGGUUUGUGCGAAUUCCUUUCUCAACAAUAUAUGGAAAUGGAAAAAAGAUUAAGGGUUCUGCGCAGUAUCUUAGCUAUUAUGUAUAUAUAUGUAUACAUACAUAUAUAUAUAUAUAUAUAUAUAUAACCAAAAUUUUUGCGGUAUUUUCAGGUGAACGGUCAGCAUUUGUUCUAAUCGAAUUAUCGAAAGUUAUGCUAUUGCUGAAUCCAUCAGAUGGUAAUACAUAUUACGUAAAUGAUGCGUUUUGUCCAUUGAAACAAGUCGGUUGCGCCAUAAAUAAUUGCAAUAUUUAUGGAAAUAUUCAACCAUAUGAUCAUCCAAGUCAAAUGAGCUUUAAUUUCAAGAGCAUUAAUCACUGGAAAGCAAUUUUUGAAACGGAUGUAAAUGAUAUUGAAUCAGUUCAACCAUCGCUAAUCACUUAUACUAAAACGAAUGCAGAAUCAGUGAUGGAACUUCGAUCAACUUUAGAAAGGGAAAUUCGACUAAAAUUUGAUGAAUCUCGACCCUAUGGUAUACCACAUUGGAAUGUUCUUAUUUCCAGAAUGUUACGUGAAUUACUGAAUGAAUUGGACUCAAUGAAUCCUAUUAAUGAUAUAAAUUGCAUAGAAAAUCGGUUAAGCGAGCUAAGACGAGCCUAUAAAAUAAAUCUGACAAUAUUUCGACAAUCUUAUACAAAUGUUGAUUCGAUUAUUGAACACGUUUUGCAUACGAAUUUACAUAUGAAUAGUGAUCAACGUCUACAGUUCGCUUUUGCACUUCACAUAAAUGCAUUUGUUUGCAAUAUUUUAUCGGUUUCUAUUGCUAUCGCAUCUUUAUCACCGUUAUCAUCCUAA